AGUCUGGAGAAGAUCGUUCAAGAGUUUUUGUUCUUGUUUUUCUCUCUUAUUUAGGGAGGUGGAUUACCAAGGGACAUAUGUUUGCUUCUGGAAAGUCAGAGUACACCUGAUAGAACUCCAGAAAACAAAUAUUAAGGAGCUGGUAUCUUCAGAGGCAGCAUAGCAAAGUGGGAAGCAAACGGCCUGUCACGUAGCUUGUUGACAAAGUCAGUUAAUCACUAGAAGUUGAUUUCCCGACUUUUAGAAUUGUCGGGAAGAUUAAGGAUAAUAAGAGUAUCCAUGGAGAAUACUGAAAGUUCAGUGGAUUCAAAAUCCAUUAAAAAUUCAGAAACAAAGAUCAUACAUGGAAGUAAAUCAAUGGAUACUGGAAUAUCCUUGGACAAUAGCUACAAAAUGGAUUAUCCUGAAAUGGGUUUAUGUAUAAUCAUUAAUAAUAAGAACUUUCAUAAAAGCACUGGAAUGGCGGCUCGCUCUGGUACAGAUGUAGAUGCAGCAAACCUCAGGGAAACAUUCAUGAACUUGAAAUACGAAGUCAGGAAUAAAAAUGAUUUGACACGUGAAGAAAUUAUGGAAGUAAUGUACAAUGUUUCUAAAGAAGAUCACAGCAAAAGGAGCAGUUUUGUUUGCGUGCUUCUGAGCCAUGGUGAAGAAGGAGUAAUUUUUGGAACAAAUGGACCUCUUGACUUGAAAAAAAUAACAAGUUUUUUCAGAGGGGAUUACUGUAGAAGUCUAACUGGAAAACCCAAACUUUUCAUUAUUCAGGCCUGCCGUGGUACAGAACUGGACUGUGGCAUUGAGACCGACAGCGGUAUUGAUGAUGAUAUGGCAUGUCAGAAAAUUCCAGUGGAGGCCGACUUCUUGUAUGCGUACUCCACAGCACCUGGUUACUAUUCCUGGCGAAAUUCAAAAGAUGGGUCCUGGUUCAUCCAGUCGCUGUGUACCAUGCUGAAACAGUACGCUAACAAGCUGGAGUUCAUGCACAUUCUUACCCGGGUUAACCGAAUGGUGGCAACAGAGUUUGAGUCCUUUUCUUUUGACAUUACUUUUCAUGCAAAGAAACAGAUUCCUUGUAUUGUGUCCAUGCUCACGAAAGAGCUAUAUUUUUAUCACUAAA